GGAGGGAGGAGGUUGAGGAGGAAGAUGGGGGGGGGCUGAUGUGUUUCUGAUGAUGAUGAUACUGUGAGUCAGACAGCGGAGGCUUCAGGAUGUUCACAGCCGCUCCAGAGUAACAAUCCCCGGACACACAGAGACGGACGACCCGCCUGCGGAGACACGCACACAGGUCAGUUAUCCAGAGCAGCAGGUGGACUCCAACUCCCAGAAUGCCCGAGCAGAGUAACGACUACCGGGUGGUGGUGUUCGGAGCCGGCGGCGUCGGGAAGAGCUCGCUGGUCCUUCGGUUCGUCAAAGGCACCUUCAGAGACACCUACAUCCCCACCGUGGAGGACACAUACAGACAGGUGAUCAGCUGUGAUAAGAGCGUCUGCACGCUGCAGAUCACCGACACCACAGGAAGUCACCAGUUUCCUGCCAUGCAGCGCCUCUCCAUCUCCAAGGGCCACGCCUUCAUCCUGGUCUUCUCCAUCACCAGCCGCCAAUCACUGGAGGAGCUCAAACCCAUAUACCAACAGGUCCUGGCCAUCAAAGGUACCGUGGAGUCCAUUCCCAUCAUGCUUGUGGGCAACAAGAGUGACGAGACGGCCCAGCGCGAGGUGGAGGCGAAGGAGGCCGAGGCUCAGGCAACCGCCUGGAAGUGUGCCUUCAUGGAGACGUCGGCCAAGACCAACUCCAACGUGAAGGAACUGUUCCAGGAGCUGCUGUCCCUGGAGAAGAAACGGGACAUGAGCCUGAGCAUCGACGGCAAGCGCUCGGGAAAACAGAAACGAGCCGACAAGCUGAAGGGGAAGUGCAGCAUCAUGUAGAGCGAGCGGCGGCGGCGGCGGAGUCGCUGUGCAGAUGUGGAACAGCAGAGGCUGGAAGGGAGGGGGGGUCUGCUGAUAAACUCCAGUAGAGACUCCCCCUCCCGCAGAUGCGUCUUGGGUGGCUCUCCUCCGUCUGUCUGAACACUGAAGCCCAGAGGAACAAAACGACGAGACCGACUGAUAAUGGAUUUAUACCAGAGCCUCGGGGCUCCUCCUGGCCCUGAACUGGAUUGUGUUUGUGGUCCCAAAAUACUUUUAAUAAACACUUACACCCCCAUUUAACUGCUACCGCCAUAAAACUAAUAUUAUGAGAAAGGAAUACUCCACUGAUUUUAUUCUGAAUCCUGAGCCAAAGCCACGAAUGUAACUUAGAUAGAUAGAACUUUAUUUAUCCAAAUUGAAAAUAGUGUGCCGCAGUUGCAGAAUAAAACGUGCUCAAGCUCUGAUUUGUUUCAGCAGCUCCUACAAUUCCCAGGAUUUGUAGCAAACACUGAGAUGUAGUUGAAAUACUACACGGGUCUGAAGCUGAGACUCAAGCAGAGCUACAACCUGAUUCUUUAAGGCCCAACCCAAGUGGUACUGCCAAGUUUGAGACCCUGACACGUACCAUAAGUUCUAGAGUCAGAAAAAAGAUAAAUUAGAAGAUACCUGAACCUGAACCCAGCCAGAGACCUGAGCUUUACCUAAACAAAAUGGGCCAAAACCAACUCGUCAGGUUCAGGUUGGACAGAACUCUACAGACUCCUCGAUUUCAGGUUGACAGAAGGGACUGUCGUUAGCAGGUUGCUAACGAGAGUAUAAAUCCAUUCAAGAGAAGUACAGAAUUGCUAACUUUAGCUUAACAUCUGAUAGCAACAAGGCUUUUUCAAUCGUUAACCUGUAACCCCCGAAAAUAAUGGAACUAGCUAAUGAUAUACUAACUCUUGGACUUUGAAACAUUAAUUACCUACAUUAUAGUAAAGCUAGUUAGCUGGACCUGCUAAGGUAACAGCUUAAAUUAAAGCAGCGCAUCCAAUCCUUAAACUUUUUACUCUUUUGAUUUUGGGAAGACUAAAAUGAGUCAUCAUCCUCCAAACUUUCUAAGCUAAGACUGGACAAUCAUGGGGUUUACUGAAUUAGCAGCGGCUCGAACACGAACGCAAAGAAAACAUUGUUUGAAUUACUAAACGUUAUGCUAAUAUCCUAGCCACUUAGUUGCCUUGCUACCAAGCAUACUUCAGCUUCACAGCCUUCACAUGUGGCUCGGCUGCCCCCUGGUGGAGGAGGGGAGAAUUUGUUUUUAAUAAAGGUUUUGCAUUUCUGCAACCACAUCUUGUGAUGGGCUGCCUCGUGACUCUCCAUGUAUUGAUCAUAAAGGCAGCCGUUAAACAGCUACAGAUGAAGCUGAAAAACAGUGGAGUAUUCCUUUAUCUUAAAAAGAUGAGUGACAUUUCCAUUAUGAUCUGUUCUUGGUGGCUAUGAUCGUAAACACUACCGGGCUUUACGUCCACAUAACACAUGACAAGACUGCAGAGGAAACGGCAGCAAACGUCAAAAGGCUUUCCAAGAUUCUCACAAACACGCCUGUCCAUCGGUCCGACUCACCGGACACAACAACCAUUUGCAUUGACAAGUAGCCGCUGAGCAGCAGCAGAUGAACGAACUAUUUACAGGUAAAUGACUUAAAGGAACAUUCCAACAUGUUCGGAACCAUCUCCAGAGUCAGGGGUUUUCAGUUUCAUUGCUGCGUCCAGUGCAGAGAGAUUUGUUUAGCCUAGCUUAGCAUAAAGACUGGAAGCAGGGGGAAACUGCUAGCCUAGCUCCAUCAAAUGUUACAUGUUGGCAUUUAAGCCUGAAUUGAAAAGGCAGUAUUAAAAAACAAACAAAAAAAAUUACGGAAGCCUUGAAAGACACGGCGAUAUAAAAAAUUGCCAGCAUCGUUGGCCAAAAUUUCCGUUUAUCUUUUAGAUAGGGGAUAAUAUCUCCUACGUACGACCUAAACCUUAAAGCUUUAAGGGUGAGAAAGUUGUACAGAAGAACGAUUAGUGCACGAAACAAAAGGGAAUUUAAAGUUCAGCCAAAUGCAGCAUAAACAAAAGGUUUUACAUUCUUAGUCAACUACAAAUAUCUUCUAUAAAACAUGAUGGAACUGUGCACCCCUGCCGACUUGGGUUGAACCGUGUUUGGUAGUUAUCGCUGUAAUUGCUUCUGGAAUUAACUGGAAUCAUGUUGAGUCAAGCCAUUACGCAGAUCGGCGGGUUAGCUUUUGUGCAACUAGGAAUUAAUUAUUUUCUCAGAUUUAGCAGGUUCAAGCAUAAUUCAUUUGCAUUUUGGAAGAUGGAAUACAGAAAUGUCCUUGCCACCCCCCCAACGCAAUCUGACCUCUCUGCAAAUUGCUAAAACGAAAGUGGUCUGUAUGUAGUCUUUAUUUUAGCAAAGUCUUGUGAACUCUGCUGCUUGUUGAGCCUCUUUCUCUCCACUAGCGGUCCACAUGGCUAAUUCAUAUUCCUGAGAAGUCAUCAGACUACACUUUGAGCUUAUACUUUCUGCUG